AGAAUCGACAUGCCACUUGGUUACAGGGGCUGUUUCUGGUCUUUCAGAUUAUGCUUUAGGAAGAAUAAACAAACGAUAAGAAAAUUUCCAGCCGACUCAUAAAAUGAUGUAGGUAGUAUCUUGUGUGGAGAUUCGUCGAGUUGAUAAUUUAGACGUAGAGUUAAUCCUCACAGAUUAUGAUAUAAAAUGGCGUAAAUUUCCUUUUAUUAUUGAGAUUGUCAGGAUGGAGGGAAAGUGGAGUAUCGUCGUAUUUUUGGUACUAUGCUUCACGUGGCAAGUAAAAGGCGCCGUUACCUGUGCAGCAAACGGUCGCUAUCCGGAUCCAGUUGACACAACCUGCAAGAACUAUACCCUCUGCGUCGCUCUCACCAACGGCAGUUUCAUCGGCUACAACUACGUGUGCCCCACUACGUCACUGUUUAACCCAGCCUUGGCACAAUGUACCACCAACUACAUCUGCAACGUUACCAGUUCAGUAUGCACUACUGAAGGCUUCUUUGAAGAUCCCAGUUCAACAACUUGUUCGACGUUUAUAUCGUGCGUCAACGUUAGUGGAACAUUCGUUCAGACAACAUAUACUUGCCCAUCUGAUACAUUUUACAAUCCAGUCACAACGUUGUGUGAAGCGGAUUAUGUUUGUACAGCCACUUGCACCGCUCCCGGUAGAUUCGCUAAUACAACGGAUACAACUUGCAAGAGUUAUUUCUUGUGCGUCACCGCAAAUAAUGGGACGAUUGCCCAGUAUCCGUACACUUGUCCGUCAGUUUCUGUGUUCAGUCCGACAACAAGACUUUGCACUACUUCAUAUACUUGUCCAACUUCUUAGAACAUCACUUCUAAUACCUUUUACAAUCCAGCCAGCAUUUAUUAUGUCAAAUAAACCAUGUUUGCACAAUCCCUUGCAGGGCUCCCGGUAGUUUCGCUAAUACAACGGAUACAACUUGCAAGAGUUAUUUCUUGUGUGCCACUGCAACUAAUGGGACGAUUGCCCAGUAUCCGUACACUUGUCUGUCAGUUUCUAUGUUCAGUCCGAGAACAAGAUAUUGCAUUACUUCAUACACUUCUCUGACUUCUUAGAACGUCACUUAAUAAUAAUCCAGUCACCGUUGAAGUAAGUUAUAGUUGAUUAUUCACGUGCAGCGUGUCCGGUAAAUACGCUAAUUUAGGGGAUAGAAUUUGUAAAGACUGUUUGUUGUGCGUUACUAAAUAAUUGCAAAUAAUAAUAAUAGGACAAUUUUAUUGCCUAGUGUUCCUGCACGGAACUGGUUCGAGGGUUGGUUAAUUUACAAAUAUUAUAUGUCUGUGAUGCGAGAGCUCCUAGCUCUUAAAUACGUAUGGCAAGGAUCCAUAGAACAUUUUGUACAACUGUUUACUAUCAAGUUAAUUUAUCGUGAGUAGCUUCAUCUCGAUGAGACGAUCAACUUUUUUAUUUACGCAAUAUUCUUGAUUCUGGUAGCUAACUGAGUUACCAGGAAAUGAAAGUGAGCGUCGGAACGAGAACCUCGCAAUUUGUGGGACAUUGUGGCUGUUAAGUUGUAUAACUAUUAAUUAAUCUACAGUAAAAAAAAACAUCUGGUUAGUAACAACUUUUGAUAAACUACCCUCCUCCUACUUUGUAUCAAUAACGAGGUUAGACGUUAGACUCUUUUAUUGAUGUGUGAUUUUAAUGUGUGAAAAUUUUGCGAACAUGCUGUGUUGCGCUUUGCCGGUGUG